AUCACGUUUCAGUUGAUUAACGAGUCUGUUCGCGAUCGGUUUGGUUUUCUGUUCCCGCCCGUGUCACGUUGUCGUUUGCUUUUUGCUCAAGAUGAUGCAGAAUGUGCUGAAAAAUGCCCUUCGUACGGCAACCAUGUGCCGCAAAAAUAUAAUACAACCGGCAGCUGCGGCCAAGUUUUCCUCGUCCUCGUUCGGUAUAAAUCAGGGAGCCACUGCACCGUUGACCUUCCUAACCGAAGAUGAGCAAAUGAUGAAGGAAACCGUUGCCAAGUUGGCACAGGAGCAGAUCCAACCGCUGGUCGCCAAAAUGGACAACGAACACCAGUUUGAUCCUAGUGUGAUCAAGGCUGUGUUCGAUAAUGGCCUUAUGGGAGUUGAGGUCGGUGAGGAAUACGGUGGAAGCGGGUGUAACUUUAUGACCAUGAUGUUGGUAGUUGAGGAGCUCUCCAAGGUCGAUCCAGCCGUGGCAGCUCUGGUUGAUAUCCACAACACGUUGGUCAAUUCUCUCAUGAUCAAACUGGGUACGGAAGAGCAAAAAAAGAAAUAUCUUCCCAAGCUGUGCCAGGAAUACAGUGGCAGUUUCGCACUUUCGGAACCAUCGGCUGGCUCGGAUGCGUUCGGCUUGAAGACAACUGCCAAGAAGGACGGCAACCACUACAUUCUGAAUGGAAGCAAAAUGUGGAUUUCCAAUUCGGACAUGUCUGGAAUGUUCCUGAUCAUGGCCAAUGCGAACCCAUCGGCUGGGUACCGUGGAAUUACGACCUUCAUUGUAGACCGCGAAAUGGAAGGUUUCACUGUAGGCAAACGUGAAAAUAAGCUCGGAAUCUGCGCCUCAGGUACCUGUCAGCUUCAUCUGGACAAUGUGCGCGUUCCCGAAGAGAACAUUCUUGGAGAACUGGGCAAGGGCUACCAGUAUGCCGCAGGUUUCCUCAACGAAGGUAGAAUCGGAAUCGGCGCACAGAUGAUUGGACUGGCUCAGGGAUGUCUGGACGCUACCAUCCCAUACCUACUGGAGCGGAAACAAUUCGGAUCGGAUAUUUACUCGUUCCAGAGUAUGCAACAUCAGAUCGCGACAAUCGCAACCGAAAUCGAAGCCGCACGACUGUUGGUUUAUAACGCUGCACGUCUCCAGGAAGCUAAGGUACCCUUCCUGAAGCAGGCCGCUAUGGCCAAAUUAUACGCCUCGGAAGUUGCCCAGCGAACCACGGUUAAGUGUAUCGAUUGGAUGGGAGGAGUUGGCUUCACCAAAGACUUCCCACAGGAGAAAUUCUACCGUGACUGCAAGAUUGGCGCCAUCUACGAGGGAACGUCCAACAUGCAGCUCAGCACCAUUGCCAAGGUUAUGAAGAAGGAAUAUCAGGCAUAAAUCUUUUGUGGAACACCAAUUUUCCCAAAAAAUCAACCGUCUUCCAGUUACGUAAUCGAAUUUGCGUUUCAUCAACGAGCACCUUCCAGAAACAAGAUUCAUAUCUGCAAAAUAAAAAAAAAACUUCUAACACAUACAUCGCAACUGCCAACCAAUGAUUCGAUCAACGACAACCAUACAGCGAGAAUUCUGAUAAAGCAAUUCCACACAUGUUCGUUGGGGCAAAAUAAUAACUGAUCUCCUUGCCCCAAAAUCGCACGAGAGCUGAAUGAGUUUCUAAUUCCAGUUGCGAUGUGCUCUGUACGUUGAAUACCUUGAGCUCAAAAGCGAACGCCCCUUGAGUGAGACGGCACGCUCGCUUUUAUGGACGAUGAACGUACGCAAAUACGAAAAAAAAAUCUAAUCUGAUGAUAGAAAAGCCGCAUUUGCUGAAUAGAUAAGCAAUCGCAAUAACAAUAAUUGAAAAAGGGAACCGAUGCAUUUAAAAACCAUUAAUUUCUAUAUACAUUUUGCAAUUAUAAUAAUUUAAGUAUACAGUUAGCACAAGCAUUUAUCGCGCUCAAUUACCAAUUCUAUGUGAAAACUUUUUUCCCGCGGUGAUAAAGUUGGGAGUAGACGUCGAAAAAAAUUAUUAUGAAUAGAGGUGAUAAUAAUUCAAUACGCAAAUGAUCUAUGUUGAAGUAACAAAAAAAAACUCACAAUACGGAAUUUGAGAUCCAAUUGUUGUUGGAAAUUUGAUACUGUGCGAUAAUGGUAAAAUAAAAUCACUUUUCAAUAAA